UGGGCACAGGUGGAUGCACUGCUGGGCACAGGUGGGCAGAGCAAGUAGGCGCACUGCUGGGCACAGGUGGGCGGAGUUUGUGGGCGCACUGCUGGGCACAGGUGGGCGGAACUUGUGGGUGGCACUGCUGGACACCGAUCAUCAGGGCACUGAUCAUCAGUGCCCUGAUGAUCGUGUGAGGAAAGGGCAGCCAAGAACCGGCAACUGCAUUUCCCGGUGAUCAGCGUGUCAUUGGACACGGCUGAUCACGUGGUAAAAGGGCGCUGUGGUUGGCCUUUUACCACAUCACGUGAUCAGCUGUGUCCGGGUGCGCACCCCAGGAGAAC